GGUGGGAAAGGAGCGUGUCUCUCCUCCAAGGAUGACUUGACGCUGCACGCGCGCUUCUCGGGAUCCUGGAGGAGUCGUAAACAUGAGAAUUUAUACGUAUUUGUCUUAAACACAUUAAUGAGUAAAAAGGUAUAAAGGUAUACAGUUUGUGUGCGUUAAUACUCAAGUAAUUGUCACUGAAAAGAAGAAGUUUGACGUCGUUCUUGCACAGGGGGAAUUUUAGUGACGUCUGAAGAUGGCCUACACUCUGAGCUCAGCCACCGAGGGCCAGACACGAGGUGUGGGACCAAAGCACUGUGUCACACGGGUGGAGCUUUCUGUCACUGCCACCAGUCUUCUAGACCGCGAUGUUGCCUCCAAGUCAGAUCCUUUCUGUGUCCUCUUCCAUGAAGUGGAUGGAAACUGGGCGGAGCUUGGCCGGACUGAAACAGCUGUUAAUAACCUGAACCCAGUUUUUGGAGUGAAGUUCCAGGUGGACUACCACUUUGAAGAGGUCCAGAAGCUUCGCUUUGCCUUGUUUGAUGAAGACAAGUGUGCCACACAACUCUACGAACACGAUUUCUUGGGAGAAUACAUUUGCACGCUUGGAGUGAUUGUAUCCAAUAAGAAACUUCACAGACCAUUGGUCUUGGCUAACGGGAAACCAGCUGGCAAAGGAUCCAUCACAAUAACAGCCCAGGAGCUGUCUGACAACAGAAUCAUCACUUUGACCCUGAGUGGGCGGAAACUGGACAAGAAGGACUUCUUUGGGAAGUCAGACCCCUAUCUGGAGUUUCACAAACAAGGAGAAGAUGAUAAAUGGAUGUUGGUACAUAGGACAGAGGUCAUAAAGAACACCUUAGAUCCUUCUUGGAAAUCUUUUACAGUGCCUCUUGUUUCUCUCUGUAAUGGAGAUGUGGACAGAAACAUCAAGGUCUUGUGUUAUGACUAUGAUAAUGACGGCGGCCAUGACUUCAUUGGAGAAUUUCAGACUACUGUGGCUAAGUUGAGUGAAGCGCAGAACUCAGUGGAGGUGGAAUUUGAAUGCAUCAACCCAAAGAAACAAAAGAAGAAGAAGAACUAUAAGAAUUCUGGAGUUAUAAUCCUGAAAUCUUGUAAGAUUACAAGGGACUACACUUUCCUGGAUUACAUACUGGGAGGAUGCCAGCUCAUGUUUACUGUUGGAAUAGACUUCACAGCCUCCAAUGGAAAUCCUCGAGAGCCUUCUUCCCUCCAUUACAUCAACCCAUUGGGCAGCAACGAGUACCUUGCUGCUAUUUUAGCCGUGGGACAAAUCAUACAAGACUACGACACUGACAAAAUGUUUCCUGCUCUGGGAUUUGGAGCCCAACUUCCACCAGACUGGAAGGUUUCACAUGAAUUUGCCAUCAACUUUAACCCCACAAACCCCUUCUGCUCAGGUGUAGAAGGCAUUGCACAAGCUUACUCUGCUUGUCUACCCCACAUUCGUUUUUACGGGCCAACAAACUUUGCUCCAAUUAUUAACCACGUAGCCCGUUUUGCUGCCCAGGCCCUUCAACAAGAGAAAGCAGCGCAGUACUUCACUCUCCUCAUAAUAACAGACGGCGUCAUCAGCGACAUGGAUGAGACGCGUCAUUCCGUUGUCCAGGCCUCCAAGUUGCCAAUGUCCAUCAUCAUCAUCGGCGUGGGCAACGCAGACUUUGCCGCCAUGGAGUUUUUAGAUGGCGAUGCUAGCGUUUUGAGGUCCAACACGGGCGAGGAGGCUCUUCGAGACAUCGUGCAGUUCGUUCCCUUCCGAGAUUUCCGUAAUGCACCCAAGGAGACCCUCGCCAAGUCAGUCUUGGCCGAGCUGCCUCAGCAGGUCACUCAGUACUUUAAACAGCGAAAUCUACCACCCACCAACACUGCACCAGAGUGAGCACAGCAUCACACAAAAAGGCCACGUUUGACUGUACUAUAGUCCCACUGUUAACAGCCAGUGCAUAUUGAACGUGUGUGUGUGUGUGUGUGUGUGUGUGUGGCUGAUGGCAUCAUACGUGGAAGACAUCUUGUUUUUAUAUUGGAAUGUUUCCGGUUCAAAAAAGGCGAAACUUGGGUGAAAGCAUGUCUGACAAAAAGUGCAAAAGUCAGAGCAACACGCAGGUGAAAGCAACUUAAAGAGAGGACAAUAUUGAAUAUUAACGUACUACUUUUCUGCAUGUGUGUCUCGUGAUUGAUACUGUGUGAUCUCAACGUUGUGGCGUAAAGUCCCCCUCGGACCGAAACGUAUCAGUGGUCACGCGGAUCUUCAGGUAGCAGCUGGGAAUAAGUUUCAUUUGUGUGCUGACGUUUAUUGUGGAUGUCCAACAGGAAGAUGAGCUUCAAUAUGACAACGAUUUAAAAAUCAUGUCAAUCAUUCUGCAUGUCGCCAGUCACUGUUUACAGAGUUAAAACGUUUACAGUGUGCUCAUGGGCACAAAAGCACGUGUGUGUAAUAGAUUUUUUUUUGUAAAUACUUGAAGAUGAUUAUUUUGUCACAAUUAUGUGAAAGAUGCAAGAGAUUACUGAUAUGCAUAUACAGUAUCCAUAUUUAUAUGAUGUGUGAUAACCGCCGUUUUUAAUUGUACUUUCAAGCUGUGCAGAGCUGCGUUCUUAUACUAAUACAAAGUGUAUCGCUAUGUCCGUUAUUUGUACUAAUUGUGUUACUCUUCAUUUUAGAAAGUUGUGUCCAUGUGAACGCUCAGGUAAAUAAACAAAAAC